AUGAAGUUUACAUCGGCCUCGAUCGUAGUGGUUGCGUCGGUGCUGGCGAGCGUAUCUGCUACGCCGCUGGCGUUCAACGCAGACGACGAUACGAUCUCGGUGCCGAUCCAGGUUCCGUUUUCAUCGACGCCGCGCGUGCUGACGCUUCCCAACUGGUUCCACUCUUCGGGCGACGACGGUGACAUCUGCCCUCAGCUGCCCGUGCAGUGCGUUCGGGACGGCAAGGUCGUCGGCGAUUUGGGCCCUCAGGACUUCUGUCGCCAGGGUGUGUCGUGCAAGAUGUGCCAUCCCAAGAAGAAGUCGCUCGACUGCAACACCAAGUACAUCAAGGAGUGUGCCACCCAGUGCCAAGCCCGUGGUCCUCUGGGCGGCAAACUCGCCGCGGUCCAAGAUGCCAUUGAGCGAGCAAGCCAUGCUGUUGGUGGCGAUGACGACGAGGGCGACAUCUGCCCCGACAUGAAGGUCUCCUGCCGCAACGCAGAUGGCAAGACCGUAGGCUCGAUCGGCAAGAAGCCCUUCUGCAGGGAUGGACUGACGUGCGGACAGUGCCACCAGACGGAAAACUCGGUCGAGUGCAACGCCAAGUUCAUCAAGGACUGCAAGGCACAGUGCGAGGCCACCGGCCCGCUCGGCGGCACCAACGUCUUUGUCCACCUCUACUAG